AUGGACGGAGUGCCAGUGCGCUUCCACGCAGCGCUCGGGGACAACAUGGUGGCCACGACGAAGCCGCUCGCCUUCUCCAUCGAAAGGAUUAUGGCCCGGACGCCGGAGCCCAGGUCCAUCAUCCCGGGUCCGAACGCGUUCCACGCUCCCGCGAGCAAAGCGGAGCCGAAGCACGCGCUGCACGCGCUGCACGCGCACCCCGCCUCGCUCCACUGCGUGAUUCCCUUCGUGCCGCUGGCGUGCGAGCCGGGCGACAGAGUGAGCCUCGCGGGACCCGAACCGAACCCCUUCGACGCGUCUUCUUACAGCUCAGCCGAGCUCACGGACAGCAAUGCGGACUUCAAAGGCGCACACGCGGGCGCGAGCCCGAGCCCGAGCCCGUGCGUGGGCCACUACAAACUUUUCCGUCCGCGGGUCAUAAACCACUCUUCUUUCCAGGCCAUGGGCACCGUGUGCUACCUCAACUGCGGGGAAAGUGCGUGUCCUCCGCCGGCGGGUAUCCUCAACAUCCACCCCAUGGCCGCGUCGUACCUGCUGAGCCCACUCCACGCGCGACAGAAGGCCUUCCUGUCGGAGAGGAACAAGGCGGCCCCGGGCGAGGACAGGUACCCGUGCGGAGUCUCUUUCAAAGAGCUGUCCCACACUCACCUGCAGCACUACGUGAAGGAGAAGCUCUUCAAGAACUCCUCCAAGGUGACCUGCGUGUCUCCAGGCAACAAGCCCAAAGUGUUCACGUGCGAAGUUUGCGGGAAGGUUUUUAAUGCCCAUUAUAAUUUAACCCGUCACAUGCCGGUGCACACGGGCGCGAGACCGUUCGUGUGUAAAGUUUGCGGGAAAGGAUUCCGGCAGGCGAGCACACUGUGUCGGCACAAAAUCAUCCACACACAGGAAAAACCUCACAAAUGCAACCAGUGCGGAAAGGCGUUUAACCGGAGCUCCACUCUGAACACUCACACGCGGAUCCACGCGGGAUACAAACCCUUCGUGUGCGAAUUCUGCGGGAAGGGAUUUCACCAGAAAGGUAACUACAAGAACCACAAGCUGACGCACAGCGGGGAGAAGCAGUUCAAGUGCAGCGUGUGUAACAAGGCCUUCCACCAGGUGUACAACCUCACCUUCCACAUGCACACGCACAACGACAAGAAGCCCUUCACGUGCCCCACGUGCGGCAAGGGCUUCUGCCGGAACUUCGACCUGAAGAAGCACAUCAGGAAGCUGCACGACGUUUCCCCGGGGCGCCGGUCCCCGCAGGGCGUGAGCGCGCUCGGUGCCAAAGGGGAGCCGGCGGAGAGACCGUGA